AUGAGCUAUAGUGAAUCAUUGGAACAUAGCCAAGGGCAGGGCCAGCAGAAGGAACGAUUUUGGGUUCCAGAUGAGCGAGAGGUGUUUUUACAAGGUCAUUUAGUGGAAUGGAAAACGAGUACGAACAAACGCGGCCAGGAGGAGAAAGUAGCUGUAGUUUGUGUGAAUGGGAAGAAUGAGGAGUAUUUAGAGGAAGAGAUUGCACCUGUGAAUCCAUCUAGUUUUGACAAAGUGGAUAAUUUAUCGGAGCUUACGCAUUUAAACGAGGCGUCUGUGUUGUUUAAUUUGGAAAAUCGAUAUCAGGAUGAUUUGAUCUAUACCUACUCUGGGUUGUUUUUAGUGGCGAUUAACCCGUAUAGUAACAUUAAAAUUUACAACAACAGCUACAUGAAAUUAUACCAUGGGUCUCCCAAGGAGGAUAACAAGCCUCACAUUUUUGCGGUUGCGGAACAGGCGUAUCAAAAUCUUUUGCAUCAGAAGCAGGACCAGUCGAUUUUAGUGACAGGUGAAUCUGGUGCUGGUAAGACGGAAAACACGAAGAAGAUUCUUGAAUAUUUGGCGUCAAUCACGACAGAUGAUAAAUUACUCUUGAACCAGACACAAGAAUCAUUUGAACGCAAGAUUCUACAGUCCAACCCAAUUCUCGAGUCCUUUGGUAAUGCACAAACAGUUAGGAAUAACAACUCUUCGAGAUUCGGGAAGUUUAUCAAGAUAGAUUUCGAUGAGUACGGUAAGAUCAACGGUGCGCAUAUUGAAUGGUAUCUUUUGGAAAAAUCCAGAGUCAUCCAAGCACACCCCCGUGAAAGAAACUACCAUAUCUUUUACCAGGUAUUAACAGGUAUGUCAAAACAAGAACUAAGAGCCAUAGAGCUCGAGUCCAAUUCUAUCCUUGACUACCAAUAUUUAAAAAACUCUAAUCCAUCAAUUCCCGGUGUCGAUGAUGCACAGAACUUCCAAGAACUACUAUCAGCAUUUGACAUCGUUGGUUUUUCCAAGGAUGACAUCCAAGCCAUUCUCAAGUGCAUUUCUAUUAUUUUACAUAUCGGGAACAUCGAAUUCGUGUCAGAGAGAUCAGAACAGGCUAGUAUCAAGAAUGACAUCAAACCUUUGUGCAAACUGAUUGGUAUUCAGGAGAACGAUUUCAAGACUGCAGUGCUUAAGCCAAGAUCUAAAGCUGGGAAAGAGUGGGUAUCCCAAUCAAAGAAUGCAUCGCAGGCUAGAUCAAUCUUAAACUCGUUAUCGAGAUCUCUAUACGAAAAACUUUUCGAAUACAUCGUUAACCAAAUCAACAAGAGUUUGGAACAUGGAUCAAUGACGGAAUACUCUAUUGGACUCUUAGAUAUCGCUGGUUUCGAAAUCUUCAAAGAUAACUCAUUUGAACAAUUAUGUAUCAACUUCACAAAUGAAAAGUUACAACAAUUUUUCAACCAUCAUAUGUUUGUUUUAGAACAAAAUGAAUAUCAGAAAGAAAAUAUUCAAUGGAGUUUCAUAGAUUAUGGUAAGGACUUACAAUCAACAAUCGACUUGAUCGAACAGAAAAAGGACAUCCCAGGUAUUCUACCGAUAUUAGAAGAGGAGUCUAUCUUACCUAAAUCUUCAGAUGAUUCGUUUUAUUCGAAACUUAUAUCCUCGUGGGACAACAAGUCUACUAAAUUCAAAAGAUCGAAACUAGAUAACUGCUUUGUUCUCAAACAUUACGCUGGUGAUGUCGAGUACAAUGUUACUGGAUGGCUUUCGAAGAAUAAAGAUCCUUUGAAUGAGAAUUUGUUACAGGUGUUAAGUUCAUCAUCGAAUGCACUUGUCUCGCAAUUUUUUGCAGAUCACAUCAGAGGCAGCUCAUUCAGGACCUCUUCAACCAAACAUAGGGAGCAAUUGAGUACUCUCAUUCAAGAACUUGGCAAUACGGACCCCCACUUUGUCCGUUGCAUCAUCCCAAAUAACAAGAAGAAAGCCAGAGAAUUCGAUAAGAAACUUAUCCUGGACCAACUUCGUUGCAAUGGUGUUCUAGAAGGGAUCAGAAUUGCCAGGGAUGGUUAUCCAAAUAGAAUAUUCUUCAAAGAGUUUUUCCAAAGGUACAAAAUUCUAUCUGAUGAAUACAGAUUUACUACUAGUUCCAAGAAGAAUUGUGAAAUAUUAUUAUCAUCACUUCACUUGGAUCCUACUAUUUAUAAAGUUGGUAACACUAAACUAUUCUUCAAAGCUGGUGUCUUGGCUAAUUUGGAAUUGUUGAAGGAGCAACGACUUUGUGCAGCAGUUACUAAGUUCAAUGCAUUGGUUUCAGGGAAGAAUGUGAGAAAAGAGAUCAAGAGCCAAUUAAGAAAAUUACAAGCCGCUAGAGUAUUAAAGGUUACUUUUGAAACUUAUGACAGACUUAUGGAGAAUCCGUGGUACAACCUUUACAUGAAAUUACAACCUCUAUUAGAUUCAUCAAAUGAUAUUGUAAAGACAAAGAAAAUCGCCGAGCAAGUGAAACAAUUGGAACUGAAGUUAUCGGAAAGCGAAAAGGACAAGACUGCUAUCUCCGAGGCAAAGUCUAUGGUAGAGCAAGAGCUUGAAAACAUUAGAAGUGUUCUUAAUACUAAAGUAGAAGAGCUCAACAAAACCCAGGAUCUUCUUGUCACAACUCAAACGAAACAUUCUGAACUACAAUCCAAAUGGGAAGAAACUGUUAAGUUAAAGGAAACAAUACAGACACAGAACACCUCACUAAACGAAGAGCUAGAUUCCUUGCGCUUACAACUGGAGGAGGCACAAGCAGCAACAGUGUCAUCCAGGGAAAAUUACGAUUCUUUAAACAAUGACAAACAAAAGCUGGAAGAGGCAUUUGCCGAGCUGGAAGCUAAGAUGGAUGAUUUGAAGCAAGAAGAAAAUACCCUUGAUUCUGAGAAGGCGGAUCUUUUGAAACAAGUGGAUUCAUUGAAAGCAGAGAUCGAAAACAAAGAAGCCUUAGUAAAAGAAAUGGAAACUAAACUAAAGGAUUCUGAAAUCGCAAUUGACGUUAAGCUUAAGUCAUUGGAAAAGAACCUUGCUUCAACCAGCAAGAGAAUGAAAGGAUUUGUGGAAGAGAACUCGGAAUUAGUUUCUCAAAUCAAUAUCUUGAAAACGGAUCUGAACACAAAGACUAAAUUACUGGAGAAAAGAACGGAUGAAUUGAACCGCCUCAAUGCUAAACUUGCAACUCACGAAUCCAUGGUAAAUGAUCUUUCAAAUGAGAAGGAAUCUCUUCUAAACGAAGUCUCAACAUUGUCUAAAGAACUAAAAAGCCUGAGACAAGAAAAUGAUUCAAACAAAUGGAAGUUAGAGUCUUUGAAUGAACAAUAUCAAAGGGAGCUUGAAAAAUUGAAUGAACAAAGCAAUAAUUCCCACGUCGAUAAUGGGGAAGUUGAUGCCUUAAGGAAAGAACUUUUGCAAGAACAAUCUUUAAACAAAUUUUUGAACGAUCGCCUUGUAUCUGCCUCUAAGUCUAACAAAACAAUCAAUGGUUUUGCUAGUUCUUUGGACAAUGAUUUGAGGGACGAGUUCGACAAAAUGUCUCUAAAAUAUAAGGAGAUCGAACAACAACUUUCAAAUGAAAUAGAGGAAAAGAAAACCCUCAUUUCACGUUUAAGGUUUGCAGAAACUCGGUUAGCUUCAGCAUCAUUCGAUAAUCAGACUUUAGUUGCACAAUUGAAAAAGAUCAAAGAGCUUACAAAGGCUACCAUUGGUGAGAGCAAGCUAGAUAAUGAACUUCAGAAUAUUGAUAGAUUCGAAAUUAAUCAAGAGAAGAUGCUUCUUGAAGUUGAUUUCUUGAAGAAGCAAUUGGAGAAGGAGAUGGAGGCAAGAAAAAGCGCUGAGAGAGUUGCCAUUGCACUCCACCAGAAGUUUAGCCAAAUCGAGCGUUCCGAUUCUUCAGCAGAUAUCUAUAAGCUAAGAUACGAGGCCAAAGAGGAUUAUGUCAAAUCUCUUGAAUCAAGGUUAAACCCAUCUUCUCCAUUGAAAGAUAAGACCAACGUCACUAAUGGUGAUAUUUUCAAACAUCGUGAAUCAUUUGAAAAGUACGAAGAAGAAGUUCAGAGGUACAAAGUGGAGGCAAACCGGAUGCAUAGUCUACUGAAUGAGUACCAGGAUAAGAUCAAUGAACUGACAUUGAGUUAUAACAAGAGUAUGAUCACGGAAACUUCGCUAAAAGAACAAGUUGCUCAUUUGGAAGAUGAAUUGAAAACAAUUGAGCAGCAAAAGACUAUGAUUCAGUCCAAUUCUAAACGCUACCAAGCCCAAUAUGAGGGAUCGCAGCGUGAUUUGAUAGCUGUAGAAGGAGAAGUUAGAGCUGUUAAACACGGUUUGAAACAAGCGGAGAAAGAUAUUGAAAGCAUGACCCAAAUGAUUCAGAAGCUCAGAUCUCAAAACAAACAAAAAGAGCAAGAGAUUUGGAAACAGGAAACUCAAAUAACAGAGCUUGAAUCUGUACUGGACGAAAAAACAAUUGAACUCGACAAGUGCACAGCUAGAAACAAAGCACUUGAAGAGGACAUUGCGCAUUACAAAGAAAGAGCAAGAGCUGUAGAAAAUAACAAAGAAUAUUUGGAUCAAAUAGAUUCCUUAAGAGGUGAACUAGAUAAGCAUCUAAGAUUAGAAACCGAAAUGAAGAAGGAGAUCUCGAACUUGGGCUAUCAAUUGGAAACUUUGAAGCUAGAUUCUGAUGCAAAGAUAGAAGAUUUAUUGAAACAGACUAACCACUACGAAAAUCUAGUUAGUGAGCUUGGUAUCCAAAGAGAUGAGGCAGAGGCAGCCAAAAAGACGUUAGAGACAAACCUGAAGACCUUGGAAGUUAAAGUCUCAAACAUGGAAGAAAAUAUACGCUCUUUGUCAGGCGAGAAUCAUCAGUUACAAGAAGAAAGGAAAUUCUUGAGAGAAAAGUUGGAAGAAGCUGGCAACGAUGUUUCAAAAUCAUUGAAAGAGAAGGAAAAGUACUCACAUGAUGUUCAAUUCUUGGAAGAAUCCUUAGCACUUCAGAAGCAGCAGACAGAGCGUAACGAAGCACUCAUUUCAGAACUGCAAACAACCGUUGACUCCCUGAAAAAAUCAUUAUCCACUGAAAAGGAUAAGAAUGGGGAUCUGUUCCAAGAAAAUUCGUCACUUGGGAAGGCCAAUGAUAUGUUGAGGAAUGAGCUCUUGGAAGCGAAAAACAAAUUAGCUGAUACUUCAGAAAAAGAAGCUUGGUUCAAUAAAGUACAAGACCUGGAGAAACAUCUUGAAGAAGAACGUACGUCGAAAUUCGAAGAAGUGAAGAAGUCAAGAAAACUGGAGAGAAUUAUCGAAGAAUUGGAAAAGAAGAAUGAAGAGCAAGCCAAUGUUAUCGAACAAGCUAACGAGGCAAGGGCAAAGUUCGAAGGCACUGUUGGAAACCUGGAUGAGAAACUAGGAGAACUGGAGGCAAUGAAUGCCUCAAAGGACACUGCAUUAAGCAAACUGCAUAGGGAUAACGUAUACUAUCAAGAGCAGAUAACAGAGCUUGAGAGAGAAAUCCAGUCAUGGAAGGAGAGGUAUGAAAAGUUAUCCGACAGAAGACAAUCUCUGGCCCAAUCAACCGAAGGCGUUUUCAUAUAA